AAUAAUGUCAGCCUCUUUUGGACUCAUAAGCAACGAAUGUGCACAAAAUGAAGCACAAUUGUGUGAAAAUGUGGGAAGCGAAGAAAAUGGAGGGCGAGGGUGUUCUUCUUCCUCCCAAUCCCAUCGUAAUCUUAGGAAAAAACAGGGGUUUGAAAUCGAAAGACUCUCUGAGACACAUACACACAAUGCUUCUCGGAGAUUAUCUUUAUAAAUUCAAAAUUUCUGAAACUUGGCAUUGGUUUGAGAAACAACGAGAAUCAAUAGAUCGAUUUGGUUGUGAUUGUUGAACCCGGAUCCGACAACAGUCGGACCCACCUUCUGCUUUCCCCCUCCCCUCUCCUCCCAUGGUGGCUUCCUUCAAUUCGUCAGAGUGAUCGAGCGAGAGAGUGAGAGAGAGAAAGAUAGGAGAUUGUAAAUUCAUUAGCCUCUUGAUAGUUUCAUUAAUUACAGAAUUCUUGUGUUAGGAAUCCUGAUAUCGGCUUUUGUUGGAAUAUUUUUGCAGCUUGCUAAGGUAAGCUUUUAACUCGUAUCAGUUUUGGGAUCAACUUUUGGGGGACCCGGAGACGUUUCUUGAUGCUUUUGAGGGAUCAAAGGAUUGCAAUUGUUUUAUAAAUACGUAAAAAAUGGGUAGUUGUGCUUCGAGCCCCGUGAAAACAAUCAAACCGAGGAGAUCACGGCGUCAUCGAAGUAGAAAGACACGUAAGCACGACAAAACAAAGAAGAAGGGAGAGACUGAUUCCAUUUCGGUUCCGAUUGGUGGUGAUGGUGAUACUGAUAAUGUUGAUAGGAUGUCGGUUUCUCGGGACUCAGUGUCAUCCUUUCGUACUUCUAUACCGAGUCAUACCGAAUCACACACCAAUGCUAAUGUAGACGACCCAUUUUUUGAUACAAUUAGCAGCAUUGAUGGUGAUGGUGAUGGUGCGGUAUCUGAGGAUGAUUUUGCUAGCGUGCAUGGAGACGAUGAUGGUGAUGGUGAUGAUGAUGAACCAAACGGGGAAGGGGAUGAAGAUUAUUUCCAAGUAGACGAUGAGAUUAUGACAAAGAAGACAUUGAAGCAAGAUAAGUGCUCGACAGAUUUAGAAGAUGCAUACUCAUCAUACUACUCAGUAGGGAAUCAUGGUGAUUCAAGCCCUACAAACAAAUUCGGACGUAGUUAUAGCAGCUAUAAUGGUUGUGAUAAAGAUGAUAAAACCCAAUCCCAUAUCUUGAUGAUGUCUGGUAGUGGACCCCACCUGUUCCCUUCUGCUAGUUUCCAUGAUCAAAUCACCAACACUCAUAAUUCCGUCUCACAAAAUCAUACCACAAAACCCACCGUUAUAAAGCUUGCUGUAAAACGAGCCACCGAUGGAGACGACCAAACCCACCGUGCUACAGAGAAGUUCUUUUAUCGUCCCCGAGCUGGAUUCUUGAUUCCGUGUUGUACAGAUGAAAAACCGCUUGCAGGAUGUUGGUCGGCUAUUGACCCCUCAAAUAUUACUCUCAGAGGCGAAAAUUAUUUCAAAGAUAAAUCGAAAAAAGCUGCUCCAAGUUAUAGCCCUUACAUUCCAUUUGGUGUCGAUCUUUUUGUAUCCCCGAAAAAAAUCAACCACAUUGCCAAACACCUCGAGCUUCCUUCCUUACAAGGCGAUGGCAAUUUGCCCCCCCUCCUAAUUGUCAAUAUUCAGUUGCCUAGUUAUCCUGCUCAGAUGUUCCAUAGUGACAGUGAUGGCGAGGGGUUGAAUCUUGUUUUGUAUUUCAAGCUUUCUGAAACCUACGAGAAAGAUAUCCCUCCCCAGCUUCAGGACAGCAUUAAGAGUUUAGUGGAUGAUGAAAUGGAAAAGAUUCGGGGUUUCACAAAAGAAACAACAGUGCCUUUCAGAGAUCGAUUGAAGAUCAUGGUGGGUGUGGUGAACCCGGAUGACCUUGUCUCAAGUAGCACUGAGAGGAAACUUUUGCACUCUUACAAUGAAAAACCCGUUCUCUCACGCCCUCAACACAACUUCUUUAAGGGAUCAAAUUACUUUGAAAUUGACCUUGAUAUUCAUCGAUUUAGUUACAUAGCAAGAAAAGGAUUGGAUGCAUUUCGUGAACGUCUAAAACACGGGAUUAUGAAUCUCGGCUUAACAAUUCAGGCUCAAAAACCAGAAGAAUUACCGGAGAAAAUUCUUUGCUGUUUGAGAUUAAACAAGAUUGACUUUGUCAAUCAAGGUCAAAUACCCACAUUAGUCGCAGAUGAUCACAAUUCCAAUUCCUCUUGA